AUGAAUGAUCCCAAUAGUCAAUCAUUAAAACAAUUAAAAUUUAUUCUAUUCAAUAUUCAACAAAUUUAUCAAGAUAUUUUCAAUGAAUUAAUUUAUGAAAAUGAUAAUACAAAUGAAAGUAAUAAUCAUCAUCAUAAUGAUAAUAAUCAAUUAAAUGAAUUACAUAAUAAAACAAUCAAUUUUGGUAUAUUUAAUAUAACAAUUAAGCAAAUUUAUUGGUUAUCAACUAUAUCCCGAUUUAUAUGCGGUACAAAAACAUCACAUUUAAAUGAUAUUGGCCAAUUAAUGGAAUUCUUAAAAGAUAUUGAUUUUACUAAUUUAUUUGAUAUAGAAAAAAAAUUAAUCCGAAUUCAACGUUCAUUACCAUUGAUCACACCAAUGAAUUCUAUGAAUUCUAUCAAUAAUAAUUAUAAAAUUAAUUGUAUUUCAUUACAAAAAUUAUUACAUAAUAAAUUAUUUAUACAAUAUACUGGACGUAUAAGAUUUUUAUUAAAUGGUUAUAUAUUUUAUUAUCCUGUAAAUCAAUGGACAAAUGAAAUCAUGUAUAGAGUAAUGGAACCGCAACGUUUAUUAUUAUUCUUUAAAAAUACAUUAAAACAAUAUCAAUUACAUACUAAACCAAUUUUAAAUUAUUAUUUAUCCAAUACAUCAUUAUUAAUACAAGUUAGACAUUUAUUAAAUCUUUGUAUAUCACAUUCUAAUAAUCAUAAUAACAGUCAUACAGUAUUAUAUAAUACUAUUCGAAAUAUGUGUAUGCAGGGAUUAUAUUGGUUAAGUCCUGAAAUAAACAAUUAUACAAAUGAAACAAAUGAUUUAUUAAAUAAACCAAUUAUUUUUAAUCGAAUUAAUAAUAUGAUUGAUAUAAUGAUACAAUUAUUAGAUUGUUUUCCCUUAGCAACAAAUAUAUACGGUGUAAAUAAUGAAACAAAUUUUAAUUUAUUUAUGGAUUUAUUUAAAUCACAAGUACAUCCAAUUGUUCAAGGUAUUAUAUUUAAUAAUACAAUAUUUUCAUCAAUUAAUCAUAAUAAUUAUACAUUGGAUAUGUUAAAAAAUUCAUCAACUAUAGUAACAAUACGUCAAAGUUCUUAUCUUAUAGAUGAUACAAAUAAUUAUAAAGUAUUAGAUCAUACAUGGCAUCCAGGACCACGUAAUAAUGUAAAUGAUGGUGAUACAAAAUAUUUUACAAGUGGUUUUUUAGAUAUACAAGAUUUAAUUAGUAAUGCAAUUAUAGAAAUAUCUAAUAAUUUACCAGAACGUAUUCAACGUUUAAAUAAUUCAUGGAAUAUAUGGAAUACAUCAUCUUCAUCAUCAUCAUCAUCAUCAUCUUCAUCGUCAUCAUCAUCAAUCGAUUUAUUGAUUGGUAAACAAAUGAAAUUUUUUCCAACUACAUGUUAUAUAAAUGAUAAAUUUUUAUAUAAAAUAACAAAAUUAUUACCACAAUUAUUAAUUCUAACAUGGAUAUUAACAGCAAUGUUAUUAACAAAAUAUAUUGUAGAAGAAAAAGAAUUAUAUAUUAAAGAAUUUACUAAAAUUAUGGGUUUCACUAAUAUUAUACAUUGGUUUAGUUGGUUUAGUAGUACAUUGAUAGUUGUAUUACCUAUUACUAUCAUUAUUACAAUUAUAUUAAAAUAUGGUAAUAUUAUUAUAUUAAGUAAUAUAUUUAUUAUAUUUUUAUUAUUUAUAUCUUAUAUUAUAUCAAUUAUAAUGUUUUGUUUUUUAUGUUCAAUAUUUUUUUAUAAAGCUAAUUUAAGUGCUAUUAUAACUGGUUUAUUUUAUUUUAUAUUAUAUAUACCAUUACCAAUUAUAUUAAUGAAUGAAAAAUGGAUUACAGAAGAAUUAAUUAUAUUUAUAUCAUUAUCAAAUCAAGUAGCAUUUUGUUUAGGUUUAUAUUCAUUAUUAAGAUCAGAAUCACAAGGUUUUGGUACACAAUGGAAUAAUAUAUGGCAUAUUAAAUUAAGUGAUUCAUUAUAUUCACCUGGUAAAUGUAUACUAAUGUUAUGGAUUGAUUCUAUAUUAUAUUUAUGUAUAACAUUAUUAAUAGAAUGGAUUAUAUCAAACAAUCAUUAUAUAUAUCAAUUAUUCUAUUCAAGAAUUAAAUAUCAAAACUGGAAGAUAAUCAAAAAGAAUCAUGAAAAGAAUCCUAUCGAUUCAAUGAAUAAUAAUAAUAAUGUUUAUGAAGAAAGUGGGAAAUUGCCAUUAUGUAUAGAAUCGAAUACAGAAUGUUUACCAAUUAGUAUAUCUGUAAAAAAUAUUAGUAAAAUUUAUACUAAAAAUAAUAAACCAGCAUUAAAUCAAUUAACUAUUGAUUUUUAUACAAAUCAAAUUACAUCAUUAUUAGGACAUAAUGGAUCAGGUAAAUCAACAUUAAUAUCCAUUUUAACUGGUAUCCAUAAACCAUCCAAUGGUACAGCAUAUAUUUGUGGUUAUAAUAUAUAUAAUCAAAUGAAUAUAAUACGUACUAAUUUAGGUUAUUGUCCACAACAUAAUAUAUUAUUUGAUUAUUUCACAGUUAUUGAACAUAUAAAAUUUUAUGCUAAAUUAAAAGGUUUUAAUAAUGAACAAAUGAAUAUAGAAAUACAAUAUUUUAUUAAAUUAUUAAAUUUAAAUAAUAAAUUAAAUGAUCAAGUAAAAUAUUUAUCUGGUGGACAAAAACGUAAAUUAUCUAUAGCUAUAGCAUUUAUUGGUCAUUCAUCAAUUAUAUUAUUAGAUGAACCAACUACUGGUAUUGAUCCAUAUUCACGUAGAUCAAUAUGGGAUUUAAUUAUUAAAAUGAAAUUAAAUAAAACAAUUAUUAUAACAACACAUCAUAUGGAUGAAGCAGAUAUUUUAGGUGAUCGUAUAGCUAUUAUAUCACAAGGUCAAUUAAAAUGUUAUGGUUCUAGUUUAUAUUUAAAAUCAAUAUAUAAUCAUGGUUAUUAUUUAAUAUUAGAACGUCAAAAUCAAUCGAUUAAUAAUGAUUCUAUAGAAAGUUAUCAUAAUAAUGAUACAUUAAUCAAUGAACCUAUCAAUUAUAUCAUUAAUUAUUUAAAACAAUAUAUUAAUGAUAUACAUUUAAUUGAUUUUAAUCAAAAUGAAUUCAUAUUUCGUAUACCAAUCCAUAAUGUUAUUGAUAAUUCAUUAAGUCAUUUAUUGAAACAAUUUGAAAAUCAACAAUCUAAUAAUGAACAAAUGAAAUUACCUAUUGAAUUAAUAUCACAUGGUAUAAUUAGUUAUGGAUUAACGGAUACUUCAUUAGAGGAAAUAUUUCUUAGUAUAGCGGAUGAUCCUGCAAUGUUAUCAAAGAAUUCAAAUAAUUCAUUAUGUGAUAAUAUUACAAUAACUAAUAAUCAAAAUGAUAAUCAAUAUGAAAUUGAUAAAAAUCAAAUCAAUACAUCAAUGAAUCGAAUACAAGAACAACAACAGCACAGAAACGUUAACUGA